AUGCCGAUCAAUAGAGAAUACAGAAGAUUACCAACCCGUCAUCAUAUUACUGAAAUCAAAUUCACUGGCAGUAAUUUCUCCAGAAAAAGGAUUAAUCACGAAAUAGAAAGAAUUAGAACUAGGAUUCCAAAUAAAAAAUUUCAAGUACUUCUUCCCUAUGAGAAUUACAAACCCGGUUCAUGGUUUAAAGAUGGAGAAGAUAUAUCAUUAUUUUCACUACUAGAUCAUUAUGACGAAUCACAAUUGCCAGAAGGUGGAGGAGAUCCUGCAACUUAUAAUCGAUUUAUUAUAUACAUGAUGGAUCCUCCAGCAUUAUCAGGUGGUUGUGAUCCAAAAAGAGAUA